AUGUCAAAAGAGCAUCUGCAUCGACAAGACAUCAGUUUGACCAGCAUUUAUCGAGCAGCACAACAGCCCACUGCGUCAUCAUCCGCUCGAUUCUUCAACCAACGCCUCAAAAAAGCCUCGACAAAGGAAAUUGAUUAUACUCUGAGAAAGCUGCUAAGUUAUGUCAAGCACAACAAUGAGCAAUGGCCGCAAAAACGACUUGUACGUUGUUUGGAUUGCAUCUACAUACAUGCCGUCAAGCCACAUUUAGAGGAACGAGCUCAAUUGCCAUCAUUCAAGGCGAGCGUGCGAUGGACAGCAGCUAUGCUGGCAGAUACAGCCACUGAGAACAACAGCAACGACGAUCAAGUGUCUCAGCAAAUUCAGUGUGCCACUAAAUUUAUGUGUGGGUUAUUGGAGGACAUGGCUGCUGUUGCUACACAACUAUCGUCUGACGCUGAAGCAGCAGCCACCACGAUAAUAGCAGAGAUCAGACAUAAACACGGUGUCAAGUCGUUGCUGGCGAGGACGCAUGAUUGUCCAUUGCCGAUCCGUAUUUACAGUGUUCGUGCACUUACCUCACAAAUCAAGUAUUUUGCCAAGGACAUGAUCGCCUUGAAUGCCUAUGUGACGCUAUCGCAGUCUUUGAACAAUAUACCCAACUUGCUGCAUGUCCUGUCCUUGAAACCACCAGCGACGGAUGCAGCACAACAACGCAAUGAGCUGGAUCAAUGCGUCAUGGUAUGUCGGCUAUUGGAGUCUCUUUUCAAAUACGAACUUCCCUCGCAAUCAUCACCAGCCCGACAACAGUUUGCAGCGUCUGACGCAUUUCACCAACUGCUGUCUGUGUGGCAAGCAGCAUGUCACCAUGAUUAUGCAUCUCUCAUGGAUGAUGCCACUGCUACGACUGCCACUGUCAGCAUUAAGUGUCAACGUGUGCUGGUCUAUUCACUGACUAGCAUUGUACAGAAAUGCAUCGCCUCAUCCACAUCAGCAUCCGGACUCAUCGCAGAGGAGACAUCAAGAGCGAAAUGGCAGCCUCUGCUAGCGCUGUGCAUGCAACGAUGGAUCCGUGGCACAUGCUGCACAAUGAACAAGGCCAUUUUUACGUCAGCCAUGCUGGAUCAGGACAAGAGCAUCAUGAAGAAGCUGGUACAAAUCUCGCUGGAUAUCCUGCCGGUACUGAAGCAGUACAACUACUGGCUUGACUAUGUGGACCAAGCUGUAUGUGAUCUGACUAACUUUUUCAUGGCCUACGUAUCUCAACCCAUCUUACCAGAACAAGCCAGUCUAGUAGGCACACAGUCGACGCUUUUGCACACCAACCUAUGCAUUGACGUUGAAGAAAGAGGCUAUCAGAUUGAUGGUGUCAUGCUCAACCAGCACCAAGACUUGUUUGUGUUGCUGCUCGAGUCGUUCAUCCAACAUGUGCAACUGGCCACGCCGUCCUUUGUCAAGAUGAUUUCUGGUCGGGUUGCCUGGUGUCUGAAAUCCAUACUGACCAUACUCUUGAAUGCAAAUCAACUAGAAACGUCUGCCUUGCGAUCCAGGAUACUCAAGCUGAUUGUCUUCUUCUUGCACUAUGAUGAUGCCAUCCACAGUUUUGCUACGUCCUCCACCAACAUCGCAUCGCUGGUAUGGGGACCCACGAUCGAUACUGCUAAACAAGGCUUACUGACAGCAGUAUCAUUAUCGAAAUCACAAGAUUUGACAGCUGAACAAUCCGUUACCAUUUACAAAGCCAAGCGAGCGUUUGUGUCGUUGGCAAUGAUAUCCAAACAUCCACGCGCUUGCGAAAGACUGGUCGACUCUCAAGUACUGCAACUGGUCGAUGUGUCUUUGAUUCCUCGAGGCGAUAUUAUAGAGAAAACAGCCCCUCUGCUCGCUGUGUAUGCGCUGUUUGGCCAAUUCAUUGCUGCUCUUUCUCGUCGCACUGCCUUUGUGAGGACCAAGUUGCGAGACGAAUGUAACUUGAUUCCCAUGAUUAUGAAACUGCUGCAAGAAGCUGUUCAGUUGAAAGAGGUCAAGCGAGACAUGACUUGCACAGUAUCCAAAGACAACAACCAAGAUGCCAUUUUCAAGGGCUGGAAUCACGUCAUUGCUAGCUGUCUGAUGGUGAUAAGCACUUUUCAGUAUGACGAGCCUUCCAUGCGGAUGUGGCUCUCUUGGGACAACAGCUUAGAACUACAACCUAUCAAUGAUGAUGUAUGCGCCAAACGAGACCAGGACAUGAAGAUGGAGGAUGAUAUUAUGAUAAAGCAAGAAAGUAGAGAUGCAGGCGACAUGACAAAGCUGAUGGAAGAGUACACUGUAGCAGCAAAUACACCCAAACGACUGUCCAUUCUGCCUAUUCUUUUAUCUGUCUUGUUUCCUUGGAGGAACCAUACUGACAAGAGAGUCAAUUUUGCAGAGAUCAAUACGUUCUUAAAAUCAGAUCUCCAGGUCAUCCUGCUUGCAUCCCAGUUAUUGGAUCAGCUGUCAGUAAUUCCAAUCUGCGGCCGACAAAUGAUUGUAGACCCAACAGCACUGCACAACCUUUGUAGCUUGAUGAUAUGCCUCACAGCAGCAUACUGCCCAGAUCAACCCGAGUGCAUGUACAAGCUGAUGACAACGACGGUUGGUAACGAUGUAAACGGUACGACCGCCCUAUUAUCCAUGCAAGACGGCGACAUGAUUGAAAAACUGGUGCCCCUGUCUACUGAACCAGUGCAAGACGCAGAAAUGACUGAGGCACACCAUGACACCAUACUUGACAAUGUCCCUUUAGACCUCGAUAGCCAUCAGGAAGCAAUGCAGCGCCAAGAAGAAGCACCCAAUCUCUGCUGUGCUGAGCAUUUACGCCGUGCCGCUGUGCGCAUGCUCAUCACACACGAUAACAUUCAGUUCACCAUGCUGAGCGAUGCAUUUACGUCCUUCUUCCAGCCUGUAUUGCAGCAUCCUGUUCGAGGCACAUCGCACGAGUACUGGCGAAGAUUGGUGUGCGAUGAUCUGUUUGAAAAGAAGAUCAAUGAUUUCCUGAGCCUGCUUCGUUUUACAGAAACAGCGGACAACGCCAUCAAGUUGCACGAAAUGGCUGCAAUUGCUGUAGGUUAUGCUGCUAUGGGAGCUCCCUCUGAAUUGGAAUGGAAUCAGAGCCUUGGUCUGGUAACUUUGGAUGGCUGCGUUGUCAGUAGCAAGCAGCCUUUUGGUAUUUUCUGUCAAAUGUUGGUGUACGAACUCGAGUACGACGACGAGGAAGAGGAGCUGGUAAAGAAGGAGGAGCUCGACGAUACACAACAAGCGGAUGCGCUACUCAGUAUGAUUACACCCUUUCGUCGACACGCUGCGGCUCAAGUUUUGGAGACACUGGCUUUGGAGUUUGAAGUCAUUUGGAAGGUAGAGACAGAAUCCAUACGAGAACACAUCACCUUACCACAGCACAUGCCGCUGGACCAACCUGCUGAAAUUAUCACCUUUGUCACAGACGAUGCCACACCUACCAUGCCCAAGAUAUCGGGUAAUCGACAAUUGCUUCGCGCGCGUUCGCCUAUUUUUGACGCAUUGCUCAGUACAGACUACGCCGAAUCCAAGCUGGCGGCCAUUCCUCUCCAUGAUGUAACGUUCCACAGUUUGGAGUUAUUUAUUAGCGUCAUUCACCAAUUAAACGACAAGGCCGAGAUGACAAGAGGCCAUUUAGUGGAUAAAGUUUUAGCACCAUCGACGUCCUGGAAUGACAUUGUCGAUCUAUUGCUUAUAUCAGAUCGGUUCGGAUCUACUGUAGUCAAGAGUCUAUGUGAGCAUUGGAUUUUGGAGCAAGUCAAGCAUAUCAGCAGCAAUGCUCGAAGCCGCUUCGUUUGCUUGGAGGGCAUGGUUGGACUGUAUCGUCAAUGUUGUGACCUCAUGGAGAAAGAUGGUGGUAUCAUUUCGGAUACCUGGCCGUUUGCCACUAUUCUGAGAGAGGUGCUCAAGACAACCCUGCAGUACAUGUCUGAAUCUUGCCAGACAGCCAGCUUUAUACAGAUGAUCAAGGACAGGCACGUCGAGGAACUGGAUGUGUUUUGUAAUGGUCUCGCUUACUUAUUACAGAAAUAA